AUGCGCGGCCGCGAGCUCCCUCUGGUCCUGCUGGCGCUGGUCCUCUGCCAGGCGCCUCGGGGGCCGGCCGCCCCGGUGCCGGCGGGCGCGGGGACCGUGCUGGACAAGAUGUACCCGCGUGGCAACCACUGGGCGGUGGGACACUUAAUGGGGAAGAAGAGCGCCCCAUCUGUUUAUGAGGGAGGGAGCCUGGAGCAGCAGCUGCAGGAGCACCUUUGGUGGGAAGAAGCUGCGAGGAAUUUGCUAAAUCUCCUAGAGGCAAAGGGCACCGGAAGUCAUCAGUCACCUCAAAGGGCACCCCUGGGCAUUCGCCCUUCUGCUUGGGAUUACCAGGAUGACAGCAACUUUAACUUCCUAGGUUCAGAACCUAAAGUUGGCGGACUCUCUGCUCCAGGUCCUCAACGUGCAGGAAGGAACCCCCAGCCGAACUAA